AUGAACACAGAGAAAUCUGUGAAUGAUUUAACGGUGCCAGAGCUGGUGGCCGGGGGUUCCAACGAGGAGGAGGAGGAUGAGGAACCUUCGCUGCUGUGCACGGAGCGGGAGGUAGAAGAUGAUACCGAAGGAUUUAACACGGUUAUUAUCCAAGGAGGGGCAGAUGACUUGGAGACUUCUGACGCCGGGGACUAUCAUAUAAAUGCCCCGGAAACUACAGCUGGCGAGGGUGGUCACUGUCAGCUGAGUCUCCUGACGGUUUGCGGGCCAUUGCCCGAGUCUACGGGUGGAUGUUACUCUACCUACGGUGGGGAGGUCUCACAAGGUCCGGGAUACUUUUCUACCAGGGGCCAGUUCCAGCCUGAAGAUUUAAAGGUUGAGAGAAACUUUUCGUCGACGGCUCCUCCUCCACGUCGUUCCGCUCGCUGCGCAGCCACGUAUCGCAUCCCAACCUUUGUCUAUGACACUGGCCCCGUAGGAGAAAGGCAGAGGGGUAAGUGCCCGUCAGACCAUGUCGAGGAGACCUCAGCGCCCUGCAGGAAGAAGAGCCGGACUCUCUACAGCAUAGAUCAGCUGCAGGAACUGGAGCGCCUGUUUAUGGAAGACCAUUAUCCAGACAAUGAGAAAAGGCGAGAGAUCGCAGACAUCAUCGGUGUCACUCCGCAGAGGAUAAUGGUUUGGUUCCAAAACCGUCGAGCCAAAUGGCGUAAAUUAGAAAAAAACUGUGUCAAGGCUGGAAAGUCAUCCAUGUCAUCGAACGCUGGGGCGCCUCAUUCGGAGAGUGCGGCGAUCGCGGUCUCCACGGCAUCUGCACUUUCGCACCCGGAAGCCGUCGCACUUAAUGUCACUUCGUCCCAUCCUACAUACGCCACCAUUCCAGCCAUCCGCAACGGACUUUCUGUCAUCCCCGGCUCCUUUCACCCGGCUCCUCAGCCCUGCGACGUUAUUUCUCAGCACAACUGUAGCUUAAACAGCACCGGUUCAGGUUUGGGGUCACCAGCAGAAAUGUGCCUCCCGCCUUCCCAGGAAUAUCCCCCCGCUUUCCCCAGCCCCCCUCCUCUGCGCCGUGCCGGCCUGCCAAUGUCUUUGGCCUGUAACCCCAGCACCCACAUGGUGCCGCUGAUGCUGGAUACCCCCGAGAGCACGUGCACGCCGCCUUCGUCCGACGGGGACGUGUUCACCUAUAACAUUCAAGAGUAUGAUUCUAGAUCCCCGACCAUGCAGGAGGCAAUUGGGACAUCGAUGAGGUUUGGCGGCUCGUAUUACCAAAAUAAUCAGCUGGGGCAUUUCCAGAUCCCACAGUACUCCCAGUAUACCCAGUACCAGCGGCUCCCGGUGCACAGUCUUACCCCGACUUCUCCUGAGGACACCCAUUUCCUGACUUUGCCUGGAAAUAAUGGUGGGUUGCUGGCCUAUGGGAGUUCUGGGACUUUCCUCCAAGGGCGAGCCGGGGGACACAUCCUCCUACAGCCCGGCUCAGGGGGCCUAGCGUUUCAUGCACCUUCGUGGAAUGAUCUGUAUAUCCAGAGCGCCGCCUUCCAGUGCCGACCUCAGCUUGGGGCGAGCCGCAGCAUCCCGGACCAGAUGCAUUUUGCUCAAGCGGCGCCGCGUAUUCUGCAGCAUGCGAGCAACGCGCCUCCUGCACAGGUGACCGGUGAGAGAGAAAACACAGAGGGUGAGUGA